AUGCACGCCAUCGUCGCCGGCGCGUUUUUGGCCCUGUUGCUGCAGGCCCUUCCGGCCCGGCCGGAGGUGCUCACGCCGCCGUACUUCAACCUGGCCCUGCACCGCCGGAUCACCGCCACCGCGACGUGCGGCGAGGGCCUGCAGGGCCCCGAGCUCUACUGCAAGCUGGUCGGCGCCAACGCCGAGCGCAACGUCGACUACGAGGGCAACCUCGUCAUCCAGGGACAGGUAUGUGAUCACUGUGACGCAAAUCGUCCUGAUAAAUCACAUAAGCCAGAUUUUGCGGUUGAUGGAGAAGAGACUUGGUGGCAGAGUCCACCACUAUCUAGAGGAAUGAAAUACAAUGAAAUCAAUUUAACAAUUGACUUAGGACAAGAAUUUCAUGUUGCUUAUGUUGUCGUAAAAAUGGGUAAUUCCCCUCGUCCGGGUGUUUGGGUACUCGAAAGAUCAGCAGAUCACGGGCAAACAUAUCAAGCUUGGCAGUAUUUUGCUGACACUGUUGCGGACUGUGAGUCAUACUUCGGAAAGGAGAGCAUUAAACCUAUCACAGCCGACGAUUCAGUAAUUUGCGAUACAUCGUUUUCAAAAAUCGUACCAUUGGAAAACGGUGAAAUAUUUGUGAAACUUUUGGCCAACAGACCAUCAGCUAAUAAUUUUUUCAACUCUUACGCAUUGCAAGAGUUUACUAGAGCUACUAACGUACGAUUUAGAUUACUCAGAGUGAAAAAUCUUCUCGGUCAUCUUAUGUCCGUAGCCAGACAAGAUCCUACUACUACUAGACGGUACUUUUAUUCGAUAAAAGAUGUUAGUAUUGGUGGUAGAUGCCGCUGCAAUGGUCAUGCAGAUCUUUGUGACAUAACUGAUCCAAAUGAUUCGUAUAAGCUUAUAUGUCGUUGUCACCACAACACCUGUGGCCAUAACUGUGAAAAGUGUUGUCCGGGUUUUGAACAGAAAGCAUGGAGUCAGUCUAAGUACGAUAAGCUAUUCGAGUGCGAACCAUGUAACUGUUUCGGUCAUUCCGAGACUUGUACCUACGAUAGCGCAAUAGACGCCGCGCAUCAGUCUAUAGAUAUUCACGGUAAAUACGAAGGAGGGGGCGUGUGUCAAAACUGCCGAGAUCACACAACAGGUAUCAACUGUGACAAGUGUGAUUUUGGUUUUUACAGACCAGUUGGAAAAAUGUUAAAUGAAACAGACGUGUGUCAACCUUGCGACUGUGACAAAUUUUAUUCAACCGGAAACUGUUCAGAAGGUUUUGGUAAGUGUGAAUGUAAAGAGUCGUAUGCCGCACCAGACUGCGAUCGAUGUAGUGACGGGUAUUAUGGAUAUCCGGAUUGUAAGCCUUGUGACUGUUUCUUGGAUGGGACUAGAGGAAGACAAUGUGAAAAUAAUGGUGGACAAUGUCCCUGCAAACAGAAUUUUGGCGGAAAAUUAUGUUAUGAAUGCGCUGAUGGUUUCUACAACUUCCCAGAGUGCAAACCAUGUGACUGCAACAGUAUCGGCUCAAGAAAUUCGGUAUGUGAUCAAAAAACUGGACAGUGUUCGUGUCAAAGCAAUUUUGGAAACCUUUCAUGUGAUCAAUGUAACCACGGAUACUUUGGAUUUCCAUCAUGCUCAUAUUGUAAUUGUGAUUUGAUUGGUUCAUUACCAGAAGUAUGCAAUAAAAGCAACGGACAAUGUAUAUGCAAGGAAGGAUACGCUAGUCCCAGAUGUGACAAAUGUUUACCUGGUUAUAAUGGAUAUCCCGAUUGUAAACCAUGUGGUUGUUCAGAACGAGGAAGUGCAUCUUCCAUUUGUGAUGCCUCAGGAAAAUGUCCCUGCUUAUCUAGUUUUGCCGGAAGAACAUGUGAACAAUGUAGUCCAGGAUAUUAUCAAUAUCCUGAGUGCAAAUUUUGUGAUUGCGAUAGUCAAGGAUCGAUUGGAGUUUCGUGCGAUAACGAAGGAAAAUGUAUGUGUAAACCAAAUUUUAUGGGAACUAGAUGUGAUAAAUGCAAAGAAGGGUUAUACAAUUUUCCUAUUUGUGAAGAAUGUAAUUGUAAUCCUGCUGGUGUUCUUUCAACGUUCGCCGGUUGUGGAUCAUUACCAUUGGGCGAGUUGUGCCAAUGUAAAUCGAGAGUGCACGGUAGAAUAUGUGAUGAGUGUCGAGAACUAUUUUGGAACUUACAACCCACGAAUCCCGACGGUUGUGAAGACUGCGAUUGUUUUAUGCCUGGCGUACUUAGCGGUGUUGGCGUUUGCAACCCGAAGUCAGGCCAAUGUGUUUGCAAACCAUCAGCUACUUCUAGAAGAUGUGACGAAUGUACCGAAGGUUUUUACAGUUUGAAUGAAAAUAGUUUAUUUGGAUGUACAGAAUGCGGUUGCAAUGUUGGAGGUUCGGUGAAUGAAAAAUGUGACAAGAAUACUGGGCAAUGUUUCUGUCAGUCUAGAAUUGUUGGCAGAGGGUGUACUGAACCAAUGCAAGCACAUUAUUUUCCAACUUUGUAUCAAUUUUCAUAUGAAGCUGAGGAUGGUAGAACACCAGCAUAUACUCCAGUUAGAUAUGGAUUUGAUGAAAAAUACUUUCCAGAGUAUUCAUGGAAAGGUUAUGCCGUUUUUUCACAACUUCAAAGUGAAAUAGUUCAUGAACUUAACAUCGAUAAACCAUCACUAUAUCGAAUUGUAUUGAGGUAUGUAAAUCCAAACAAUGAAACAAUUGUGGGGUUAGUUUCGGUCACGCCUGAAACGCCAAAUGACAUAAAUUCCGAACAGAAGUAUAUGGUACAACUAAAACCAACAAAAGUUCCAACUUUUGUGACGGUAUCCGGGGCUACAGGAAAUAUCCCAUCGCCGUUUGAAAUGAAUCCGGGACGAUGGGCGGUUUCUAUAAAAAUCGAACAGAAUUUGUUUGUAGAUUACUUCGUGAUUUUGCCUGCUGAAUACUAUGAAGGAGGUAUUCUUGUCGACAAAGUACUAAAUCCUUGCGUGGUCGAUAACAUUGAGGUUGGACUGUGUAGACAUUUCGAUUACCCAAGUAUUUCCAAAUUCAAUCAAAUCAAGAGUACUUUUGCACUGAACUCCGAUGACAAAGAACCAGUAGACUUUAUUGAAGACUUAAAACAAUUGGACGUAUUAGGUGUUCCUAAAUUGCCUGUUAUUAGUGAAGCCCAACCGGAACUGAAACUAGAAUUACCUGUCGAUAAGCUUGGGCCUUAUGUGGUAUUGGUAAAUUAUAUGACUUCGUCAUCUAUUCAAACAAAGGCUGUAAUCGAAAUCGAAGUAGACGAGAAGAUGAAUUCUGGUAAAGCGAUAUUGUACGCUUGUCACCAUACCACACUAUGCAGACAAGCCGCGGUGGAUGCAACCGGGAAAGUAGCUAUAUUUGAUAUAAACAAACCAAUUACCAAAGUUGUACUAAGAGGCGGUAAAGAUCACUCAAGAGUUGGAAUAGAAUCAAUCGUUGCACUGCCAUUGGAUAAAUGGUCUUUAGACUACAUCAACCCAAAUCCAUCAUGUGUCAUGAAAGACGGAAAAUGCAUUCAAUCUCUCUAUCCCACACCUCCCGACACCAAAAAAGUGGAAUUUAAAAACGGCAAUGAGGCCCGUCUAGCAAUGACCAAGCCAAAAGAUAUAUUCGACAACACUACGUCAUUGGUCGUUCUUGAUUACGAGGAUAGUAUUGUAGAUUUGGCUGGAAAAGUACCUGGCCCAGGAGCAUAUGUUUUCAUCGUUCAUUUUUACCAACCAGAUUUUCCAGCUUUUGAAAUGGACGCUUUAAUACACAAUGGUCAAACAUAUGAAGCCGUUUUGCCUGUAAAACAUUGCCCCUCAAACUCAGGAUGUCGUUCCGUUGUGAAGCAAACAAAUGGAAAUAUACAAUUUCAGCUGACUGACAACUUUUUGCUUACACUAAAGGAACCAAAUCAUAAAAGUGUUUGGUUGGAAUAUAUUUUGGUUGUUCCGGCUCAGCAAUAUAGUGAUUCUAUAACUAAAGAAUUACCAUUCGACUAUACUAGCUUAUUCAUAUCUAAAUGUGGAAGUAAUAAUUUUUAUAUCAACACUUCUACCACAGGAUUUUGUAAAGAAGCCACAUUUUCAUUGACAACUGCAUAUAACAGUGGAGCUCUUUCUUGUAAUUGUGACUCUGACGGUUCGUUGAGUUACGUGUGUGAUCCAUACGGUGGCCAAUGCCAGUGCCGACCUAAUGUCAUUGGUCGACGAUGCGAUGUUUGUAAGACCGGAUACUUUGGUUUCCCGAACUGUAAAUCGUGUAACUGCCCAUCGGCGGCCACCUGCGAAACCAACACCGGAGAAUGUAUUUGUCCACCACGCGUAGUCGGCAAAAACUGUGACCAAUGCGAACCGAUGACGUAUGGAUUUGAUCCGAUAAUUGGAUGUGAAGAGUGCAAGUGCAAUUAUUUCGGAGUGGAAAACGGAAAUCUUCAAUGCGACUUAUUUAACGGAUCUUGCGAGUGCAAGCAAAACAUCGUCGGCCGUUCUUGUGACCAUUGCCGUCCUGGAUAUUGGUCAUUCCCUCGCUGUAAUUUGUGUGAUUGCGACUACAGAGGAACAACAUCAGAGAUUUGUAACCAAGAUACUUCAGAAUGUUUUUGUAAAGCAAACGUCGACGGUCAAGCGUGUGAUUUGUGCAAAGAGGGCACGUUUAACAUACAGGAAAAGAAUGAUGAAGGAUGUCUUAAAUGUUUCUGCUUUGGUAAAAGCAAUCGAUGUCAAAGCUCAAAUCUGUAUAGAACUGAGAUUACCGACAUGAGGAAUUGGCAGUUGAAAACUGUCAACUUGACUACUAAGCCGAUUACAAUUGAAAGUGUUGAAUUGCUACUGGACGAAACGGAAGAAGGAGUUUUAGGCGCCGAUUUAACAGCUAUAGAAUUAGAAAAAAAAAUUUCAUAUUUCUUUGCUCCGGAAAAAUAUGCGGGAAAUCAAUUGAAAUCCUAUGGCGGGUUCUUGAACUAUUCAAUUCAUUACACAUCAAAUCUUUUUGGGAGUGCUGUCAGUGGUCCCGAUGUUAUUUUAUACGGACACGACACGUAUUUGUUCUAUUUUUCGUUAGAACAACCAGCAUCCAACACGUUGUUUCCUAGUUUUGUUGAACUUGUGGAGCAGAAUUUUGUACUAGCUAAUGGGUUACCGGCAACUAGAGAACAAAUGAUGCAAGUCCUACAGAACUUAAACGCAAUAUACAUCAGAGCUACUUAUUGGGAACCGACUGUAUUAACGAAGGUGUCGAGCAUAUCGUUAGAAACGGCACAAGAAGAAUAUAUUCCUUCGAAAGAAAUCGCGUUAUCUGUUGAACAAUGCCAGUGCCCUGCCAACUAUGUUGGAUUAUCUUGUGAAGAAUGCGCCGAUGGUUUCUAUAGAGCUCAAACGGGGCCUUAUGGUGGUUAUUGUGUUCCUUGUCAGUGUAAUGGACAUUCCAAUAUCUGUGACAAAGUUACUGGAAUAUGCGAUGGUUGCAAACACAAUACUACAGGUGAUCAUUGUGAAAAAUGCGUUGUAGGAUAUCAUGGUAAUGCAACUAUUGGAAGCCCAAAUGAUUGUCUCAUAUGUGCUUGUCCAUUACCAAUAGCUUCAAACAAUUUUGCAACUGGUUGUGAAGUUAGUUCAGAUGGAUAUAAAAUUAGUUGUGACUGUCUUCCUGGCUAUUUCGGUGCAAGAUGUGAAUCUUGUAAUGCCGGCUUCUAUGGGAGACCAGAGAUACAAGGAGAAAUAUGUAAAGAAUGUCAGUGUUCUGGCAACAUAAACAAAGAAGACCCAGGAUCGUGUGACUCCAUUACUGGAAAAUGUACACGUUGCUUAAAUAAUACGUUUGGCGAGAGUUGUCAGUAUUGUAGGCCAGGAUUUUUCGGAGACGCUUUGAACUUAAAAGAUUGUCAAGCUUGUGAUUGCGAUAAAUGUGGAAUGGACAAAUGUGAUAACUAUAAUGGUAAAUGUGUUUGUCAACCUAAUGUAGAAGGAGAAAAAUGUGAUAGAUGUGCAGUAAAUCACUAUGGUUUUGGAACUUGUAAGGGUUGUAAAUCAUGCGAAUGUGCUUUGGCUAGUGAAAGUUCUCAGUGUGAUGAAAAUACGGGAAUGUGUAGAUGUAAACCUGGUGUUGCUGGUAGAACUUGUGAUCGAUGCAAGCCUGGAUAUUGGAAUUAUACUGAAGAAGGAUGCAUAUCAUGUGGUUGCAACUCAGAAUAUAGUGUGGGUAUAAGUUGUAAUCCUCAAACAGGGCAAUGUGAAUGUUUACCAGGAGUAAUAGGAGAUAAAUGUGAUCAUUGUCCUCAUCGUUGGGUAUUAAUACAGCCUGAACCGAAUAUAGACCAGACGACAGGAGUCGGAUGUUUCCAAUGUGACACUUGUACACAUUCGAUUUUAGAUGUAACAGACGGAUUAUUUAGUCAAUUAUAUCCUGUUUCGAAAGAAUUUGAUACUGUAGCACUUGGAUAUUUUACCGCUCAACGUUUAUCAUACAUAAAUGAGACAGUAUCAAAAUUACAACCGAAUUUAACUGAACUUGUAUCGAGUAGCACUGAUCCAUUCCUCUUGAAUGCAAAUCUGACUGAUUUCCAAAAGGACAUUACAAAUCUGAAUAGAAAGUCGAAAUCAGCUCUAUCAGAUGCAUUAGAAUUAACGACAAAGGGUAGUAAAACAUUGAAAAAUGCAAAAGAAGUGGUUGUAACAAUGGAUGAAGUAGUGUCUCAAACUAAUAGAGCUGUAACUGAAGUUAAAAAUUUAGCACAAAGCCUUCAGGAAGGUGCAGGACCGCAAAUAGAUUUGGCAUUAAACGAAGCACAAGUUUUAUUGGAAUAUAUUUUACAAUCGCUUCCAAAUAUGACGGAAAAAUCAGACGAAUCAAAAAAUGCACUACAAAAAUCAAUUGAGCUACAUGACAAAAUGGAACGAAUUUCAAUACCUUUGGAAACUCCUAAUGAACAUUUAAAAUCUUUAAAAUCAGGAAUUAAAAAAUUCAAAGACGACAUUACGGAUUUAAGAAACUAUUCAGAUAUUUCUAAGGAAAAAGCAGCACAAACUGCAUUUAUAAAUGAUGCGAACAGGGAAUCAUUAAUAAAACAAAAUGAACGAAUUAAUUCUUUAACAAAAUUAAAAGAGACAGCUGAUGAUGCUCUUGAAAAUUUAAUGAAAACCAUAAAAGAAGCUUCUGAUGAUUUAGGUAAUUCUACUGAUGCAUUUGCUAAACUUGGAACGGAUAAUGAAUCAAUGAAAGCAACUAAAGCUAAAGUUGACUCAGUGAUUGAAAAAGAAACACGAGUAAUUGAUGAACUAAAAAAUGGUCUCAGUAAAGCCAAAGAACAUUCCGAUAAACUUAAGGAGCAGGCUGAUUUAAUGGAAUCAUUGGUUAAAAAUUCUACCUCUGCAUCUGAAACAGCAAUAAUGGCAGCAAACUCAUAUAAAAAUAUUAAAGAAGAAAUAGAAAAGUCAUUAAAUGCCGCUAAAAUUGCGAGUACGGCAGCAGAUGAUACUAUUAAUAAGUCUAAAGGUAUAGACGAAAGAGUUGCUACAGCUGAACAAAAUUCAACAAAAUUACUUCAAGAUUCUAGAAAUGCUUUAGAACAAAUACUAAGAGAUUUGGACCAAUUAUUAAAAAAUUCUAAAGAAGAAUUAUCAAAAAUUUCAAAUUCAAAGAAUCAAAAAGACGAAUUAGAAAAAAAAAUAUCAAAGCAAUUAGAUCAGAUUUCAUCAGAAACUUCAAAUGUUAAUUCAGACACUAAUGUGCAAAUGAUUUUAGCUGAUGGUGAAAAGUCUCGACAGUUAAUCAGUAGUCUUGAUGAUGUAUUAAAAUCAAUACCAAAUCAUUUGACUGUUUCUCAAUCCCUUAACAAUGAUACUGAACAAGCAAAUAAAUAUCAUACUCAAUCAAAUAAUCAAUUGGACGAAGUUAAAUCACUGUUACCAAAUGCCACAGACUCAACAAAACGCCUAAAAGACAAACCGGAAAUGCUUCAAAAGAUAGGAGAACAAGUGAAAUCUAAUGUGGAAUCACUUCAGAAAAAAAUUAAUAUAUGUAGAGAUAUGGUUAAUAGAAUCAAAGUAGGUAUAAGUUUAUCCAAGAAUUCAACUCUUGAGCUUCGAAAUCCAGAGAAUUUAGCUCAACAAGGAAUAAGCACGCUUGCAUCAAUAUACUUUAAAACAGACCAACCAAAUGGUCUUAUAAUGUACCUUGGAAAUGAAGUUGGGACUAGUCGAAGAAUGAGAAGAGCUAAAACAGAUGAUUUCAUGGCAUUGCAAGUUCAAAAUGAACAUUUAGUAUUAUUAAUGGAUAUUGGUUCAGGUACUACAUCGUUAGUCAGUGAUAAAAUUGUAUCAGAUAAUAAAUGGUAUAAAGCAACAGUUGAAAGAACCGGUAAAACAGUGAAAUUAGUUAUACACGAAGAUGUAGGAAUACGCUCAAACCCAAAAGAAUAUCUUAAAGAAGCCAUUCUUUCCGGAAAUUCUUCUAUUUUAAAUUUAGAUAAGGAUCACUCAAAAUUAUUUAUUGGAGGUUUACCGGCUACAUUUAAUGAACAGUCAGAUAUUGUAGGACAAUCAUUAGAGGGUAGGGUUGAAGAUCUGAUGCUUGGAAAUACAUUCGUUGGACUUUGGAACUUUGUGGAUUCUUCAGGAGUAAAUAAUGGAUCAAUUGAAAGGAAUAAACUAACUACAACACCAAGUACUUCAGGAUACCGAAUGAAUGGUGAAGGAUUUGUUGUUUUGGAAUCUAACUCUUAUGAAAUGAAGCAUAAGUCAUCAAUUCUAUUAAAAAUAAAAACUACUUCUACAGAUGGUUUACUAUUUUUAGCAUUUAAAAACAAUAACUUUAUGUCAAUAGAAUUAGAAGGAGGAAAUAUUGUUUACAGGCUCAAUUUGGGUGAAGGAACAAUUACACUUAUUUCACUACUUACCUACAAUGACGACAAAUGGCAUACAAUCGAGGCAGCUAGAGAAGGAAAACAAUCUAUACUAAAAGUUGACGAAGAAUUCAUAAAUACAGGAGAAAGUAUCGGAUCUUCAACUGAACUUCAGGUUUCUGAACAUUUAUACAUCGGUGGUUAUCCAGGAUUCCACGAUAUAAAAGAGGUAACCAAGUUUAACUAUGAUGGAUGUAUUGACGGUGUGCAAAUUGAUUUAAUACAAGUCAAUCUCAACAAGAAUGUUAAUGCUUAUGGAAUAAUUUCUGGAUGCCCAGAAAAGAUCGCAAGCCUUGUAUCAUUUGAGCCCGGUAGUAGGGGUUAUGUAAAACUGCCAAACGCAACUGCAUCAGAUAAUUACAUCGACCUAAUAUUAAGAUUUAAAACCAACGUUCCAGAUGGUUUAUUAGUAUAUGGUGCGGAUGGACCAUCUGUUUUUUCAUUACGGAUGGAAUCCGGAAUUUUGACGUUUAAAAGUGGAGGUACACAAGUUUCUUCCACACAAGCUACAUUGUACAACGAUGACCAGUGGCACGUGGUGUUCAUAGCACAUACACCCCAACAGCUUAUGCUACUCGUCGAUGAUUUCGAUAGCUUCCAAUCUGAUCGUUCGCCGAACCCUGUAAGAUUCUUACUCUCCGAAUUUUUCUUUGGAGGCGUACCGUCUGAUGUCGAUGCAGCCGCUUCAAUUUCCCCGUCAUUCACUGGUUGUAUUGGUGACGUAACAUUUAAUGGAAAAAUAAUCAAUUUCGCUCAACUUACUGAUGUCCCGGGAGCUGUAAUUGGUAGAUGUUCCGGAUCGUUAACAUCAGGAUCAAAAUCACCAAAGCGUAAUAAUACAAACAAACCUAAACCUCCUCUACGGGAUGAGGGAGAUGUAACCAUGGCACCUGCUCUACCAACUACUCUUCCACCGAUGCUCUCUCCAAAUGAAAUAAACACUCAACGUACUGCACCAGUAGGUUUAUGUGCACUUCCGGAAAAUCCACGAGAAGAUCCUGAUGUGAAUAAAAACAGUGGAUACAGAUUUGGAAAUUUGAUUGGAAGUAGGCUGGAAUAUGAUCUUUUGAUGGCAAGCACUAAGAAUGAUAAAAACACGAUGUCAAUUGAAGUUAAAACUAAUAAUGGAAAUGGUAUAAUAGCUUUUGCCUAUCAACUCGAUGGUACUGACAUCAUGGCUGUAUAUCUACGCGAAGGAAAAGUAUACUACCAAUUAAACUGUAAUUCCGUGCCAAUGACAAUAAUAGGUCAAAUGUCAAUUGAUGAUGAAGAAUGGCAUACUAUAGAAUGGUCUAGAUCUAGUACGAACGCUGAACUGUUCAUAGAUACCAUAUUGGUCCAAUCCAGUGAUAUUUCAGAAUGCCAACUUAAUACAGUACCGAAAUUGUACAUAGGGGGCACUAAUCCAUUAGAUUCCAGACGUGUAAUUGAAUCAAUUGGCAUGAAUGAAACGUUUGAAGGUUGUUUACGCAAAUUCAAAUUACAUUCCAAAGAUGUAGGACAUCCUACUCGUGAAUUUGGUGUAUCUAAAUGUUCAGAAAAAGUUGAAAAAGGAGCGUUCUUCUAUGGAGGCGGCGGUUACAUAAGACUUUUUGAAAAAUUCACGGUGGGUAAAAAAAUAUUGAUUAAAAUGGAAAUAAAACCAAGAAGCGUAGAUGGAAUUUUGAUGUCGGUAGAAGCUAAGAAGAAUAGUUUACUAUUAGAAAUGAGAAAUGGCACAAUAUCCUUUUCUGUGGACGCUGGUCCAAAAGGUCCGAUUUCUGCUUCAUUCACCCCACCAUCACCAUACUUUUUGUGCGAUGGUCAAUGGCAUUUCAUUAAAGCUGAGAAAAUCAAAAAUGUAGUGAAUUUAGGAGUGAAUAACAUGAACUCGGUUCCAGAUAAGAAUAGUAUAGGCGAUCCGUUCAAUAUUAUGCGAUCAAAACCAAUGUAUAUCGGUGGAACUCCACAACAACAUUUCAGUGGCCAACGCAACAAAUACUUGGGAUGCAUUCGGAAUGUUGAGAUAGUAAAUCAUUUAUCCGAGACGAAAACAUUUACCAAAUUUCCCACCCAGAUGAUACAUGGCAAUGUUUCAUUAAGUGUUUGUCCAACGAUCUAGAGUUACUAUCCAAUAUCCUGUAUAGGCAAUAAUAAGCAAAUAAAUUACUUAAAUUAUUUUUAAA